UAGAAUAGUGAGGCACGUCCAUCAUCAUGUGUUUCCUGUAGCAACUGUAGGCUUGAGAAUGUGUGUAAACACCAACUUCAGUUGCAUCAGAAAAAAAACAUAACAGUAUUUAGUAUACAAUAUUAUAUAUAACCGCUUGAAAAUGCUCCUGUUUUGUCCAACUUGUGGGAAUGUGUUAAUCGUGGAAGAGGGACAGAGAUGCUUCAGAUUCGCGUGUAACACAUGUCCAUAUGUGCACAACAUCACGAGGAAGGUAAAUAACAGAAAAUACCCCAAACUGAAGGAGGUUGAUGAUGUUCUCGGGGGCUCUGCUGCUUGGGAAAACGUGGAUUCCACUCCAGAACCUUGUCCAAAAUGCGAGCACCCAAGGGCCUACUUUAUGCAGAUUCAAACUAGGUCUGCUGAUGAACCAAUGACAACCUUCUACAAAUGCUGCAAUCUACAAUGUGGACAUCGUUGGAGAGACUAAAUCAGAGUCCUUUGUUUGAGGCUCAGAAUAUGUGCUCAUAAUAGAAUAUUCAGUUUUCAUAUAGAAGAUUUAUUUGUUGGAUCCAAAACUGUGUCAUCAUUUAUUUGGAUUAAAAAUCAUCAUUAACUACUUUAUUUUCACUAUUACAGAAACUAUAUGAGCUUUGUUGGCCUGAUGCCUGAUUUUGCGUGAGUGUGUGUGUGCAUGUGCAAGUAAUAAAAUGACUGCUCGUAUAUGA